AUGGCCAUUGACGUGCUGUUCUUGCUUGAGUUCCUCCAAAUCUACGCAAUCAAAGAAGGUAAGAUGCUCUCGAGGGUCUCAUCGAGGAUGUCACAUUUGGUCGAUUUUGCAAGGAGGAAGUCCGCACACAAUGCCAUCCUUAGGGACAUAGUCAUGCUAGAGAAUCAAAUCCCACUUUUCAUAUUGAGGAAGAUGUUAGAAUUCCAAUGCGCGUCCCUCGAUGAAGCCGAUGACAUGUUGCUCACGAUGCUAAUGGGGUUUUACAAGGAAGUCUCACCUUUCAAACCGAUGGAGGCAUUGCCCAAUAUACAAGUCUCCGUCUGUGCCCACUUGCUAGACUUCUUGUUUGACAUCAUAGUACCCAAAGUGGAGGGACAACCCGAGAUCAUCGAGGAGGAAGGUAACGGCGAGGACAAGAAAGACAAGGGACGAUCACCUUUGGCCUCGUCUAGCAGUGGCACGACUUACAUCAAGCAACUUUGCGAUGCAAUUUGGAAUUUGCUCUCCAAGUUGAACAAUGACCCAAUUAAAAUGCUCAAGAGGCUGCUUUUUUCAAAACCAGUGAAGGUACUGUUGAAAUUGCCAUGGACUAUUCUCUUUAAACUCCCAUUUUUCUCGGUCUUGGCACAGCCUCUUGAGUCCUUAUUCUCAUCUCAAGAAAAACGAGAUGGCAAGUCAGAAAAUGAAAGUAGUAACCCUUAUAAGCCACCUUCAGUUGAGGAGGUUGCAAUCCCCUCGGUCUCUGACCUAUCCAAUGUAGGAGUCCGUUUCGUAGCCACCAAUGGUAACCUCUCUAGCAUCGGUUUCGACACCAAGAUGGCAACACUUUACUUGCCUGCCAUAAGUCUGGACGUGAACUCGGCGGAAUUCAUGAGAAACCCAGUCGCUUACGAGGCAUCAAACGCAUCAGGCCCGUUGGUCUUCACACGCUACACUGAACUCAUGAACGGCAUUAUAGACUCGGACGAGGACGUGAAGCUGUUGAGAGAGAAAGGGGUCAUUUUGAACCGACUGAAGAGCGACGAGGAGGUCGCAAAGCUGUGGAACAGCAUGAGCAAGUCAAUCCGGUUGACAAAAGUGCCCUUCUUGGACAAGGCGAUCGAGGACGUGAACAAGUACUACAACGGGAGGUGGAAGGUCAAGCUCGGCAAGUUCAUGAAGCUGUACGUAUUUGGCACAUGGCAAUUCCUGGCAUUGCUGGCUGCGAUUGCACUCUUGCUGCUCAUGACAUUGGAAGCCUUUUGCUCGGUCUAUAACUGUUUUCGCAUAUUUCAUAUCAAAACCACAGGCAUAUGA